AUGAAGAUCUUGUCUUAUUCCCUGUUUUCUGCCUUGCUGAUACCAAAUCAUUGCUUUGCGCCGCUUCCCAAAGGCGUAUUGGAGGCGGAGUCAGAGCAUUCGCAACCGAUAACCGAAACUUUGCAUUUGUUGGAUGAGAAAGGUCAUCUACCUAUAUCGUGCGAAUUUCCUCAAGAAACCUGUUCGGAGGCAAAAAAGCUACAAACAUUUACAUCUUCUGACCAUGAGAGAGGGCAACAACAAAAGGGAGUCUCGAAUUUGCAUUGUCCAGAUCAUGAUACCGAGGUCCCGCCCUUGAAGAAGAGUACUUUCGAGUCCCUUCCACGAGCUGUGCGUACUCUCAAUAGAAUGAUCCAUUUUUGCUACCUAUAUGAGUCAUUGACUUAUCACGUCGUGUUGAAUUUCUUAACCAAGGACUUCGAAAAGAGUACAAGAACCAAGAGGGAACAAAAUCCUGCUGAACAUCAUAAUCCUAAAUCUACUUGUUCCAAGGAGGAAAAUGUCGCCUUGGACUCCACCUCUAGGCCGCUCAAACCAGCAAAGUCAGAAACAGAAACAGAAAAAGACACACUGAUGCCGUUAUUUCAGGUUGGAGAAUUCAAUAUUCCAACAGCACCAGCUAACAUCGCUCCAACAGUACCAACAACACGUGGACCGGUCCCUUCGCAAAUUUCUACCAAUGCGUCGGAACACAUCAGUAGCUUCCCGCAACACACAACUCCCUCAGAAUCAUUGCACGAGUACAAACCACACGGGUACAAUUUUCCUGCUCAUGAUAGUGCAACCAUGGAGUAUUUCCAGCCGCAACCAUAUGCUUGGCCAUAUUACCCAAUAUAUCCAAAGGCAGCGUACAUUGGCUCAUCAAAUACCCCACAUGUAAAUAUUCCUGUUUUUGAGAAUGCACACUGGAAUCUUCAACCCAUAUAUGGGUCUCACCAACCAGGAUCUUUACUCCAUUCCCCUCUCUCAGGGAGCUAUGCACAACACUUUCCACCUUCAAUUACACCCCCCAACCAGUAUUUUUUUCAAUAUGGUUACCCUACACAGUAUAUGGUCGGGACAUUAGUUUACGCAGUUCCAGUGAGCAUGCCUUCAUUUACAUAUGAAUGGAAUGGGUCAGGAUAUCUAUUGAAUACCUGCUAUCCCUCACCAAUGGACCCUCAUUUUGCUUGCAUACCACAAGCUCCAUUAGAAAAUACACUGCAAGGUGAAAAUGAGUUCAACUUCUAUCCACCAUCAGGAUCAGAAGCUCUGAGACCAGUACAGUAUCCAGGUGCAACAAAUCUCCAUCUGGACAAGGGAUCUAAACUUGAAAGUAUCUCAGCAAUCAAACGUUCAGAAAGACCACGCAGGCCAGAAAGCCAAUUUGAACCCAACUCCAAUAAAAUGGAACCGGACAAUAGGCAUAUGACAUCAACAUCUAGCAAGUCAGGAAAAGGAAAACAACCACAAUUGCAAACUGAGUCAAACAGUGUUACUCACAAUCUGGAAUCCUUGAAAAUUGACAAAAUGACUUCUGAAACUAAAAAUCACCAUAAUAUGGAUCUGCUAGAGAGCGGAUUCAAAGGUGAAACUCUCAACAAAUCAAAUGAGGAAGCAGAUUAUUCUGCCAGAAAAGAUUUGGAUUCAGAGUAUAAUGAAUGGCUAGAUUCAGAAGCUAAUAAAAAGGUAACACCAAAGGGGUUGUUUGCGUCAAAGUUGGUCCAAAAGAUGGCACAAAAUCCUUCAGAACCUAUCCAUACCAGGGAGGAUAGUCUCCAGAUUUACAAUACCACACCCCAGAAAAUUUCAAAUUUCAAUCUCAACAGUGCACAUGAGUUUCCACCUCUUCGAUCAUCUUUUGGACAACAAAAUCAAUGGUCGGGUAAACUCAAUAAAGGGAAAAAUCCCAUCUUGGAAUAUUUGAGUUCAGAGAAGACUAAAUGUUCCACAGACAAAUCAUGUGAAACAAACAUUGAAGCAAAAAAGCCUUUAACAUACAAUGAAUUAUCAACUUUGGUUGGUCAUGGUACCCCAGGGAUCAAAAUCAGCUCAAAGAAAACUGGAUCACCUUCCAGGUACAAGGAGGAUUCCAACAAAAUAUCUGAUAAGUACUUAUUUGAUUCAAUUCAUAAAUCAAAUAAAGGAAGUUUAUCAUUGGAAUCUACUAGUGAAAAAUUUCAUUCAAAGAAUCCAGUCAACAACUCUAUGAAGUCUCUUGGAGUUCUCCAAGAAAUUGAAGAUUUGGAGAGUGAAGCUACAAUUUCUCAAAAGACUUCAAAAACUGGUCCAUCAAAGGCUUCUUUGUCUUCAAUCUCAAGAAUCAGAGAUACUGGAAUGAAUGCCCAGUCAAUCAAGAAUGAACAUAUUGCAAAUAAUGAUGAGAAUAUGAAAAUUGUGGUACCUAGUAGUAUCAGAUCUUCUAACACAAAGUUCAACAUGAGAAAAAAGGUUAAAAGCAAAAAUAUCUACCCUCCAGUUAUGCCUGUUGAAAACUCCUUGCACCAAGGCUCAUCUACAACACUGCUUGAUGCCUUCCAAAAACUUUCAAUGACUGGGCCACAUACGAACAAAUUUGUUCAAUGGAUAUAUACUAUGAUUUCACAAGUUGGAAAGGUUAUUGGACAUCAAAUUUGGAAUGCCCCCCACAAACUUGUGGAAGUUGCAGGUGAAAUAGCUACUCAAGCUACUGAGAUAGGUCUAAGAUACACUAAAGAGUAUGAUGAUGAACCUUCAAAGGAUUUCAAUGAACAGGAAGGUUUUCAUCAUCUUGAUUCCAAAAAUGCCUCACAACUAAUUGAGAACCAAUCACAGCAAAGAAAAAAGAAGAGAAAAACAUUCAAGGCUUUAAUUGCCAACCCUCUUUCAAAAGAUAAUCAAGAUAAUCUAAGAGGCACUGCAAACCUUGCUCAGACUGUUGAUAAAAAUUUUCAUCAAGAAGAAGGAAUGAAGCCUGAAUUGAUGGAGCUGCUUUGUGGGUUGUAUCAAACUCACAAUGAAACUGAGUUCUGCUCAAUGGAUCUUACUUUGAGCUUGCAUGAAAAAUUGAAGGCUUUUAGUGACUUUAGAUGGGAAUCUAUACCAUCACAUAUCAUCCAUCACUCAAAUUUACCUAAAAAUGAGGUUCAAAGAAGGACACAAGUCCUUGCUCAUCAGCAAAGUCAAUUUAUGAUUGAUGAAAGCUGGAAAGAUUAUCAUCCACACCUUGAUGCUCAAGUAGUUCAGUGGCUUUGUUUGAUUUUUCAAGUUGAGAGUCCUUGGCCAACCUUCUCCCAUUUGAAUGAAAGCUUUGAGAUAUGUGUCAAAAAGGAGUUAAGCUCAAUACCUCAAAUUGGAGAGAAGUUUGACACAUUGAAGAUGGUUUUGGGAAAAGAGCUAGACACAAGGAAUGAAUUGAUUCAUUACAUGAUCUCCCGUGGAUCCAAGCCAAUUUGGUGGGAUGUAUCUGAAAUGAGUGAAGCCAGAAGACAAGGAAUCUAUGUCAUGGACCUCAUCCGACUAGGUGAUGCUCUGUGCUUUGAUAACCCUCAAGCUUUCAAAAAAACACUUUUAGUAUUAGAUGAAUCCAAGCUUAAUAGGCAAAGAGACCCCCAAAAGUAUCCAGUAUAUGGGUGUGAUUGGGAAGAUUCACCGGAGAAGAAUUGGUUACGCAGUAAACCCAAACUAUGGAAGAUCUAUCAAUCUAAUUUGAAGGAAUUGAUUUUGGCAACUGACAAAGCUUGCCUAUAUUUACAUCCAGGGUUGUUAAAUCACAUAGGUAUAUCCUCAGAAAGAACAUGGUGGUCAGGAGGAGAUUUAUUGAUUUGGAGUGAUUCAAGUGCGCCAGUGAUUUUAAUGAAUAAAAUUGGUGAAAGUUUAAAUUUGAAGAAUUUUAAAGACCUAAAAUUUGAUAUGAUUCCAAUAAUCAAAAAGAAGAUUACUAAUCAUGGUAUUGAUUCAAAAACAAGGAAAAGGAUGAUGCUUUGUUUUGAGAGAAGAUGUGAAUUGAACUUGGAACUUGAAGAGAGAAAUAAAGGCUUGAUUUGGAAGAUAAAGGAUCAUAUUUUCUCAGCUUGGUCAUAA